AUGGAAUUAUCCAAUACCGCCGUUCAAAAUUUAGAAUACUUUAUUGAUACUCUUGACUUUGCUACUCUUGAAUCAGAUAAAGAUUCCCAAUGCGAAGAUACUAUGGAAGAAGAGUUUGAGGAAAUUAAUCAGUUCAAUGAAAAAAGCGAAGAAAUUGAUGAAAAUGAUCAAAUAGCUAUAAAUAACUUAAUUGAUAAACUUAGAAGCUGUUGUUCAUAUAAAGACAGUUGUAUUGAAAAGAACACCUUGUCUACUGAGACAGUUAAUAAAACAAAAUCUUUUAUUAAUUUGAUGGGUGAACGACAUAGUGAAGCAUUAGCAGUUCGAAAGUAUACUCGAAAAAAAACAGAUAGGCAGAUAAUAGUGAUCUAUGAAAAGCAUGAUAAUAUUCUUCUUCCCUCUUACUAUUCUUAUGAUCAUCUUCUGGCUACAUAUAACUUAAUGAAUUCUAAUAAUUUGAUUAAAAAUGUGUGUGAUGAAUAUACCUUGUUUAAACAGGAGUUAAAGGAAAGUAAUAAUAUUAAUGAGGAUCUUAAUAUACAAUUAUCAAUACACAUAGCUGAUUAUCGCGCAAUGAGAGAUGCCUAUGAAGAUGAUAUAUGA